UAUAUAUAUUAUGAGAGAUCUAACUGCACCUAAUUUGACUUUUCAUGUGUCCCAAAUACAAGAAACGUGAUAUAAGAGAGAUAAGAUUGUGCACAUUUCUUAUAAAACCCUAGACCUCUUGAUUCUUUUACUGUACAUAACAUUAGUCCAUACACAAAAUGAUGAUCUCGGUUGUCUUCGUGGCUUGCCUUGCCUCUGUGGCAAUGGGCAUGACAACUAAACACCAUGGGCACGGUCAUCAUGGGCAUCACACCGGACCCACUCACGAACCCAACAUCAACGAAAGCUUCAUGUUUCGAUAUGAUGCACACACGCACACAUUGGGAGUAAAAACCCAUAAGAUGUGUUACCUGUACAUGCUGUCAGCAGAUGAACAAACCAGCGUCCACACAUCUACUGGACUUCAUUCCAUUGAGAAGACCGCCAUUGACCUCAUCGAUUCCAACGGUUCCUUCACCGCCGUGUCCAUGGCGGAUCUCACCGCCAUGAGUCAUGGACUGGCCCACUUCUGUGGAAAACUGUCCGUCAUGAGAUUGAAUUAAA